AGAAGAAGAAGUAUAGAACAAACAAGAAGAUAUAGAUAUAGAUAUAGUUAUAUCUAAUAUCUAUCUGUUCAUUUGAAAAAGCUUCGCCUGUGAAUUCAUUUUAAUUCAUGGCAGCAGCUUCUUCAUCAUCAUCAUCAUCAUCUAAGCUUCUAUCUCUCUCUCGUUUCACCGACUUCUCACUCUUCCACCACGCGCCGCCGUACUCUCACCACCUCCUUUUCCGUCCGUUACCUCCGCCGCCUUCCAUCUCCGUCACCCCCGCAUCCGCCGUUAAAAAACGUCCGAUAGCAAUCGUGAGCUGUCUAAUCUCCGGCGUAGACGGCGGCGGCGUUUCCGAUGACUUCGUAUCAACGCGCCGGUCGGACCGUGAAUUCUCCGUUAUCGCAAAUAUGUUGAAGAAGAUCGAACCGUUGGAUACUUCGGUGAUAUCGAAAGGCGUUUCUGAUUCAGCAAAGGAUUCGAUGAAACAGACGAUUUCGACUAUGUUAGGUUUGCUUCCGUCUGAUCAGUUUGAUGUUAUGGUUAGGGUUUCCAAACGUCCGCUUGAUCGAUUAUUAUCGUCUUCAUUGAUUACAGGGUAUACGUUGUGGAAUGCAGAGUAUAGGAUAAUGUUGAUGCGGAACUUUGAAAUUUCUUGUUUUAAUGACGAGAAGAAGCUGAAUCCUGGAGGUGAGGAUAAUGAGGCUUCAGAUGAGAAGGUGGAUGUAAGUGAGUGUUUGUGUGAUAGUGUCGUGAUGGAGUGUUGUAAUGAAGAAUCAGAGAGAUUGAAUUUGCAAAGUUGUUUGGGUGAUUUGGCCCCCGAAGCGAUGAGUUAUAUACAACAGUUGGAAUCGGAGUUGGCUACAGCAAAGAAGGAACUCCAUGCCAGGAAACAGGAAAAUAUGCAAAUUGAAAAUACAAGAGAAAGUGACAAUGAUCUUUUGAAGUAUUUGCGGUCAUUAGAUCCCGACAUGGUGAAUGAAUUAUCCAGACCAUCAUCUACAGAGGUGGAGGAAGUUAUACGAGAACUUGUACAGUGUACAUCUCGAAGAUUCUUCAAGGAGGAGACUAUCUCUGAUCCAACAAUAGCUUCAGAUAUAGGAAGCCAAGAGAACUACCCAAGUGAUGAUGAGGACUUCUGUGACACCAUGGGCACUUCAAGAGAUUAUCUAGCAAAGCUGCUUUUCUGGUGUAUGCUAUUGGGUCAUCACUUGAGAGGCUUGGAGAACAGAUUGCAUCUGAGUUGUGCAGUGGGCUUGUUGUGAUAAAACUAAAAUAAAGGUAGAAAAAUGUAUAUGCUUUUCCCUUUAUAAGUUUCCUAAUUAUUGUUGUUACUUGUUCAGAAUACAUCAAGUCAUGAUAUCAAAUGCCAUGUUCUUGAUUGUAUUAAGUAAAUCAUUGUAGUAUUAUUAUGUGAAA